UCGGUGUUCAGUGGAGUAACGGCCACAGCUGAAAACGGACGUGUCGUGUUUUGCAGAGCACACUAAAUUCUCGACUAUAAAACGCACAGUACAACAAAUAUCAAAAACAAAAAAAAAAAUAUACAAAAAAAUAUAUAUAAAAAAAAACAAACAACGUGUGUGUGCAAGCGAUUUAAUGUUAAUGCAGCCCGCUUUGGUUCUUACCUUGAAAACCGAAUUCGAUGCGGUUUCCAUUGCCGUUUCCGAUGCGUCCACAUAAAGCGCGCGUGUGUCUGUGACAAGAAAUUGGAAAAGCGGAAAAUGUAAGCCACAGCAGCUAAACAAGAAAAUGCGUCUCAGUGCGUGAGCUUGAAAAAUCAAGCGACGUUUCCAACUCUAAGCAAAACUCUCACUGUUAACUAUAGCCUAUUAUACCUGCAUACACACACAUAUAUAUAUAUAUAUAUAUAUAACUCUAUACUCAACUGUGCGUGUAUUUCUAGCCAGCUAUCUCCUACACAUAGCGUAUUAGAGCCCCCGCCCCCUCACAAAAUGCUGCCAAUAUUCGCCUAAGCCAGCCCCAGUUCGAAUUAAAAACAGAAAAAUCCAAUUAAGCCCAAACCCCUAGAAAAUAAACUGUGAUCAUAACCCAAACACGCAAGCAGUAACAACAACGACCAGCAACCAGCAACCAGCAUAAACAGCAACGCCACAUACACACUCACACGGACACACACACAAAUACAUAGAUACAAAGACAUGAAGACGGAAAGCUGCCAGCAACACACACAGACGAAGAAGAAGCUGUCGGAAGCGUGCCAGCGACAGACCGCAGAAAUUGCUGGCCAAUUGUUGAAUUUAUAGAUCUGUAGAUAUUGAACAAAUUGAAAUCAAUUUAGCACGAGCAGCCAGCAAAAAAACAAAAAAAGAAAACGAAGCCAACCAGGAGGCAGAAGGUAGCCAAUUAAGCGACAUAGGACAGCGGAGAACUGGGUGCGGAGUGGAGUGGCUGUAAUGACAACAAUUGACGCGAUGUAGCGCAGACUUAUGGUCGGCGAACGCGACAGGGACCGUGAGGCGGUACGCUGGGCAACGGGUGAAACAACACCGCUUCAAACCAAUAAUGGAGUGUUACAAAUGGUCGGGCAAUUGCAUGGUGGACAGGCUGCUAGCCAACAACAGCAACAGCAACAACAAAGUCAACAACAACAACAACAACAGCAACAACAACAGCAACAGUCAAAGCAACAACACAGACAGCAACAGCAGCAGCAACAGCAGCAGCAACAGCAACAGGAACUGUUUUAUCAGCAACACGAGGCAGCUGCGCGUGGACUGCAACUUGCGGGCACAGCCGACGGCGGCGAUAAUCAGCCCUAUUACGAUACAAGCGGUAAUGUCGAUUGGGAGAGAGCAGCGAUGGGAACCGGUGGAGCUAGUGCAUAUGGUUGCAUCGGCGGAACUGUCCCAACAACUGGCGGCGCUGCUUAUAACAGUGGGUCAACUGUUGCCGGCGGCUCUAUUAUCCUCAACAGUCGCCACAUGGAUUAUGCUGAUGGCAUCGGCGCUGCUGGCACAUCCGCCGCAGCAGCAGGAGCGCACACAGCAGCUGCUGCACACGGCAUGGGAGCUGGUCCAGGUGUUCUUGGUGGAUCGUCGACAAGUGGCGCUGUCAGUGGCAGCACCACCGGUGCCAUUGGCAAGGAAGUUCGUUACGCACCAUUCCCAGUUACAUCACCAACGCAUUCAAAUCCCACAACUUCCCAGCAGACUCUUGCACAGCAUCAGCAGCAAAUUGCACUCAGUGGUAGUGGUGGUGGUGGGGGAGCCGGCAGCGGCAUUGGUGGUGGCAGCAUUGGCGGCCCCACUGGCAGCCUCAGCCUCGGCGGUGGCGGUGGCGGCGGCGGUGGUGGUGCUGGCAUCGGUGUCGGUGUUGUCAUGUUGCCACCCGGAGCCGGUUCAAAUGCUGGCUUUAGCCAGAGCAAUACAAUCGGCGCACUGCAGCGGACACAUUCCAGAUCCAUGUCCUCCAUACCGCCGCCGGAGCCGUUCAUGAUAGCACAAUCGAAGCAGAUGAACAGCCGCGUCUCCAUCAAUGUGGGCGGUGUGAAGCACGAGGUGCUCUGGCGCACAUUGGAACGUCUGCCACACACGCGGCUGGGCCGGCUUCGAGAGUGCACCACCCACGAGUCGAUAAUAGAGCUGUGCGAUGAUUACUCGCUGGUCGACAACGAGUAUUUCUUUGAUCGUCAUCCGAAGAGCUUCAGCUCGAUAUUAAAUUUCUAUCGCACCGGGAAACUGCACAUUGUGGAUGAGAUGUGCGUGCUUGCGUUUAGUGAUGAUCUGGAGUAUUGGGGUGUUGACGAACUGUAUCUGGAGUCGUGUUGCCAGCAUAAGUACCAUCAGCGCAAGGAGAACGUUCACGAGGAGAUGCGCAAGGAGGCCGAAUCGUUGAGGCAGCGGGACGAGGAAGAGUUCGGCGAAGGUAAAUGCGCCGAAUACCAAAAGUAUCUCUGGGAACUGCUAGAAAAGCCAACAACCAGUUUUGCGGCUCGGGUUAUCGCAGUGAUAUCCAUACUAUUCAUAGUCCUGUCUACCAUAGCCCUGACGUUGAACACCCUACCACAACUACAACACAUUGACAAUGGUACACCACAGGAUAAUCCGCAAUUGGCAAUGGUUGAGGCCGUGUGUAUCACGUGGUUUACCCUAGAGUACAUACUUAGGUUUAGCGCCUCACCGGACAAGUGGAAGUUCUUUAAGGGCGGCCUUAACAUAAUCGAUCUAUUGGCAAUACUCCCAUACUUUGUUUCGUUAUUUUUAUUGGAAACGAAUAAGAAUGCAACGGACCAGUUCCAGGAUGUGCGCCGGGUGGUGCAAGUAUUCCGCAUCAUGCGCAUCCUGCGAAUCCUUAAGCUGGCCCGUCACUCAACGGGCCUGCAGUCGUUAGGCUUUACGCUGCGUAACUCAUAUAAGGAACUCGGUCUACUAAUGCUGUUCCUGGCCAUGGGCGUUCUCAUAUUUUCUUCGCUGGCAUAUUUUGCCGAAAAGGAUGAAAAGGAUACAAAAUUCGUUUCAAUACCGGAAACAUUUUGGUGGGCGGGUAUUACAAUGACAACUGUUGGCUACGGGGACAUCUAUCCCACUACUGCACUGGGAAAGGUUAUUGGUACUGUGUGUUGCAUAUGCGGUGUUCUGGUAAUCGCUUUGCCUAUUCCCAUCAUCGUUAACAAUUUUGCUGAAUUUUAUAAGAAUCAGAUGCGACGCGAGAAGGCCCUCAAGCGACGCGAGGCGCUCGAUCGUGCCAAACGCGAGGGUAGCAUUGUCUCCUUCCAUCAUAUCAAUCUUAAAGAUGCCUUCGCCAAAUCAAUGGAUCUCAUCGAUGUGAUUGUCGACACAGGCAAGCAAACAAAUGUUGUGCAUCCGAAAGGUAAAAGACAAAGCACCCCCAAUAUAGGCAGGCAAACCCUUGAUGUGCAAAGCGCUCCAGAAAAGCGCGAAAGUCACACACGAUCACUAAAAAAUUGGCACCGUUUAACCCACGCGCUUCGCGGAUCGCCCACAGGACACAAUCUCUCCCAAACGGAUGGGGAUGUUGAUGGUGAUGGCAUUAGCACCGAAGGUGAAUCCACCAGCGGUCGCAAUCCGGCAACCACUGGCCCUGGCUGCUACAAGAACUAUGAGCACGUUGCCAAUCUGCGCAACUCGAACAUGCAGCACCGUCGAGGCUCCAGCUCUGAGCAGGAUGCAGUGCCGCCUUAUAGCUUCGAUAAUCCGAAUGCCAGGCAGACCUCAAUGAUGGCCAUGGAGAGCUACAGGCGCGAGCAGCAGGCGCUGCUCCUGGCUCAGCAGCAGCAGCUCCAAAAGCAGCAGCAGCUGCCACAGCAGCCACAGCAACUGCAACAGCAGCCACAACAGCAGCAACAGAAGCCUCAACAAACUGUUCAGUUGCCUGCUGUAGGAGUGGCCAACAACCUAGCGAUGGUGGCAGCAUCCAGUGCAGCAACAGCUGUGGCAACCUCCAGUAGUGCUGGGCAGGACACAGGAGGAGCGGCCUCCGCGUCGCAAGCGGAUGAUGCGAUGACCAUAGCAUCAAAUCAGAAGGGAUUGCCCAUACAGAUGAUGAUAACGCCUGGGGAAGUGGCCGAGUUGCGCCGCCAGGUGGCUCUCGAGAACCUACAAAACCAGCGCAUGGACAAUCUGGAACAGGAUGUGCCAGUGGAAUUCGAAUGCUGCUUCUGCACAACCAAGGACUUCAAGGAGUACACCGAUGCGGAGGGCGUCAUCUCGCUGCCCACUUCCGACUUCCACAAGCCCAUCUGUCUGGAGAUGCGCUUGGCUGCCGCCAAUCGUCAGGCCAAUCAGUUCGGUCUACUAUCGCCGGCCGUGGCCUCACAGCCACUGCAACUGACGGCACCGGGCGAUGUUGUGCUGUUGCCAGUUUUCACCAGCGCCAGCAUUAUGCCCAUCAUCUCACAGUCUUCGUCGACGUCCUCGUCGUAUGGGACGACCACAUCGACGACCAUUGCACUGCCGCUAGAUGCCACACAGCGUUACGGGGAGCCCAUUGCCAGCAAUUUCAAUCACAAUUUCAACAACAACUUCAAUACGACAACUGUGGGCGCUGGUGGGGUGGCCAAUGGGCUGCUGCUGUUUGGCAAUGGCAACUUUGCUGGCGGCAUCAGCACCAGCCACAGCAACAACAACAACAACAAUGCGGAUCUGGCCAGCGUCGACAGCUCGGAUACGUACGCCAGUUGCCAGACGCAUCCGUUUCUGUCGCAGGGCGAUCUCACAGCGGACUUCAACGACGAGGCCUGCGCCCUGGACAUUGACAUGGAUAAUCUGUAUAUAAAUCCGUUGGAAAAGGAGUCGUGCCACCGCGGCGCCAACAUCAGCAGCUCUACGGGCUUUAUAGUGGGCCUCCCGCCCACAAUUUCCACCUCUGGUCUCUCAAUGCGCGCUCAGGUGAAGAAGAGCGCCUCGGGCGAUACGGCCCUAAGGAAUCUGGCUGCCGGGGGCAUCAGUCCACUGGAUGAAGUCUAUCAGAACUUCGAUGUGCAAGAGCGGGGCAGCCGUGUCAGCCUGAACGAGAACUCAGUGCCAAAGCAUCGCAAGACGCGUUUCCAGCAAAGUUUCACGGCCAUCCGGCCCAGCACGAGCAGCGGCAGCACCAGCAAGCCCCGCGCCCGCUUCGAGGACACUAAGCUGUGCGAAGACAUUGUGCGUCUAGAUGGUGCUGCUGGCUCGGCGGGAGGAGCAGGUGCAAGCAGCGCUGCCGCCGCGGGCAGCAAAAAGAAGCGCUCGGCCUUUAUGCCGGGCAAGAGUUUAGCCACUGCCACCAAACUGAUUAACCAGCGUUUGUUUGGCAUACAAAAUGCAGGCGCCAAAGCCAAAUUUGAGAGUAAGCAUUCCUCAUCGAUAGACUCGAUUGAUGCAUCGCCGAAUCUGGAGCACCACCGACGCUCCAAGUCGAUACUGAAAAACAAGUCUGAUAUCUCGCGCGUGCUGUCCGAUCCGGAGAGUGAGCGUCUGUUGGCGGACAAUAUGUCAGGCUCGGGCGUGUCUGAUAAUGGCACCGUCAUGGGCGAAUCUGGCAGCGAUUACUCACCGAAUAAAUUACCUCAUUCAGUUUUAGCUAAGUCUAUAUCCCCACCACCCCUCAGGCAUCGUACCUUACUGCAUCAGCGCUCCGGGCCAGCGACAUUGCAAUCGAAGCCAACCAAAUUCCAAACACCCCGCUAUCCCGAGGAGCAGGCACUGCGUCAGGUUAAGCCCGUCCUCGCGCGCACCUUGGUGGCGGCUCAGACGUCAACGGACGGACGAUACGAUGCCAGUCAGACGAGGGACAGCAGUCUGGAUUCGGAGACGACAUUCAUCUCGCCAGCGCGACAGACUCAAGGGUUGGAGGCGACACAGUCGGAGACACAGGACAAAGCCGAUGGCGAUGGUGAGGCAGAUGCUGAAGGCGAGAGCGAGGCCAACGAUGAGCAGAGAGCGUUGCUGCAGCCGCAGAAUGCUGAGGAGUCAGGCAAGGCUGAGGGCGGCGGCGGCAGCGGGAGCGCUGGCGGCGGCGGUGGGGCCACGUAGCAAUUAGUUAACACCACAAAACACACCAAAAGCGCUUAGUAGUUAUUGUAUUAUAUAUAAACCAAAUAAAAAAAAAGAAAAAAAAACUAGGAAACACUAAAACCUAAACCUAUGGAGAAUCCAACACAAAAUACAAACAAAAAACUCAAAGUGAUAGCAAAAUUAGCAAAAAUGGAAUGUGAAUUAUAUAAAAGCAAUGAACAGUAUCCUAGUCUAAUUUGAAAAGCAGAUGAAGAGCGUUGAAGUUGAAUAUUUUUACAAAAACUCUAACUGAAACUGAAAACUUGAACUAGAAACCAAAAAAAAAUACAAAAAAAAA